AUUCACCUGGCAGUGUUAGAUCUGGUGCUGAAUCAAUUGAAUUGAAUAAUGGGGAUGGAAGUUCAAUGUUUCAAGAGUCUACUGCAAGUAUCGAUUUAGGAUAUGCUUCUACAAUAGAAUCUGUUAUUGAUGAAAUAAGUGAAGAGUUACGCACAAUAAGUCUUG